UUUCAGAAAAACCAGUCAGCAACAUGUUCGACCUCUCCCCAGAGCCUGUCCCCACAUUUACCAGAGAAGUGGAGCACUGGGCCAACACCUACAUUCAAAAGUUCUAUAACUAUCCGCCUAGGCCAUCCUUGAACCCUCAUGAGGCUAUUUUCAUGCUCAGAGCAUUUAGCAGCUCUUCUGAUAAGACAGAAAGGGAUAUACUUGAAUGUAUCUUGCACAAACUUCUUGAGAGCUACAGGUUCUUCCCCGAGUACAGAGACAGAAAUUUAUGCAUUGCAGCUCAGAUCUUUGGUGGAAUGGUUGAACAUCAUAUUAUCACUCAUAAGAAACUUGACAUAGUACUGCAGCAAAUUUUACAAUCACUAAACCAGCAUAUUAACAGCAACAUGUUCUGGUUUGGGGUGACUGUUCUGAAUGGAUUCAAAACCAAGAUUAAAGAAUAUCCAGAGUUUUGCAGACAAAUGAUAAGGAUACCUCACUUCUUUCGGCUGCCAGCUCACCUAAUUGAG